GGUAAAGUUCAGCCUAGAGGAGGGCUGAGAAGAGAUAAACCUGGGAAAGUGGGGCAGCACCAAACUCCAGAGCAUUGAAGGCCAUUACUGCAGGGGGUGUGAACCUCUAAUGUAUCAUGGACCCCUUUGGCCAUUCUGUGACAGUUUUGAACUGUUCAGCAUCAUGUGAAGUGAACAGAAUAAAGUAUUGAGGAUACAAAGGAAACCAACCAGUUUGAAAUAAACAUGUAUUUCCUCUCAUCCAAGUAUGCUCUCAGUGGGUACACCUAAAGUUCCGGGAAAGCCCAGGGACUCAGGCCAGAGCUGCACCUCCCCAUCUCCUAGCACCUGAGGACCCUGCCCCUCUGCCCAGCAGCCAAUGGGAGCGCUUCCACAUAAGGUGCUGGGGGGAGGGGCUCACUUGCUGCGUGAGGGGGUGGCACAGACCUGUUGAGUUUGUGGAGAAGGUGAUUCGGAGGUGGGCUUGGAGGAGAGCUGAGUUCACAGUACGGCACAGAGCUGGAGGGCAGCAGGCCCCCAUUUUAAAUCUAGCCUCUGACACUUCCUACCUGUGUGACCCUGGACAGUUGCUUAACCCCCAUUGCCUAGCCUUAGUGCUUUUCUGCCUUGGAACUGAAACUUGGUUCCAAGACGGAAGGUAAAGGUUUAAAAAAAAGAAAGAAGAAAUUGAGUUAGGACAUAAGGUUAAACCGUGCACUAGGACUCAACAGCUAGGAAAUAUGGUGGACUUCGAAUCCAGGUCUUUAUAAUCAGCGCUAAGCACUAAGACACCGAGCGGCGGCCGGGAGAAGCGAGCUUACUUCCUCUCCUGGCCUUCGAGCGCCCUCUGGCGCCCCGAAUCAGCUCAAGGCAAGCUCCCUCCCUUUCCGGAAGUUCUUUGGAGGACCGGAAGUAGGAAAGGAACUCUUCCCCGCGGCCAGGCUCAGCUCUCGAGCUGGCUCCGCGGGGCCAGCGCAGACGGUUUUACCUCGAUGAGUCGUUAGCAGCGCGGACAGCCAAGAGGAGCAGGCCCGGGCCUACCCUCUUCCAAAGACGCCUUUAGUAGCAUGUGGAGCACAGAGUUAGCCUUGUUGCCUGACAACUGGAGAGAGGCUGUAAACAGCAUCUAAGUGUGACAGAGGGGGCGGGGAGCCUGGAGCUGGGAUUUCAUGGUGUCCAGAACUCUUACCCCAAGAGAAGGCUUAGGUCACUUGCUCAGGAUCAUAUCCUGAGGUUUGCUGAGGGGAUUCCAUCUCAUGCACUUAAGAGGAGGAGAGGUCCCCAGAUAGCUCAGAGGUUAAGAGCCCUGCUCUGCUGACCAGGCACUGGGCUGCUGCAGGCAUGGCCCACGGCCGGUCCCACAAGCGCUGCAGGAGCCGCAGCCACAGCCGCAGCGGCUCCCGUGGGCCAGAGCAGGCGGAGAGGAGGAGGAGGAGGAGGAAGAGCAGUAAGGAUGCCGUUAGGAGCCCCUCGGCCUCAGGCUCUCAGGGCCCAAGGACCAGCCUGGCCUCAAAUGGGGAAGAGAGAAGCAGGGACAAAGCCCGGAAGAGAAGGCGGCCCAGGUCCUCCUCCUCCUCCUCCAGCUCUUCUUCCUCCUCUUCCUCCUCCUCCUCCUCCUCCUCUUCUUCCUCCUCCUCGGGGGCUUCCAGUGCGGGCAGGAGGAAGCGAGGGAAGCGCAAGGACAAGAAGGGCACAAAGAAGGCAAAGAAGAGGCUGAAGAAGAAGAAGAAGAAGAAGGAGAAAGAGAAGGCGGCCAGGGCCAAGGCCUUGGAGGAGAUGCCGGGCCCCUCGCUGGACCAGUGGCGUAAAGAGCCCCUGGUGGAGAGUGGCCCAGUCCUGACAGAUGAGCAGAAGUCCCGCAUCCAGGCCAUGAAGCCAAUGACCAAAGAGGAGUGGGAUGCCCGGCAGAGCAUCAUUCGCAAGGUGGUGGACCCUGAGACUGGCCGGACGAGACUCAUUAAGGGGGAUGGCGAAGUUCUGGAAGAAAUCGUAACCAAAGAGAGACACAAGGAGAUCAACAAGCAAGCCACCAGGGGGGACGGCUUGGCCUUCCAGCUUCGUGCAGGUCUGUUGCAGUAAGCACCCCCAGCCUCCUUCCUUGGACCUCCCGGUCCCCUGGGCUUGCCCCAUCCUGCCGGCUCACCCUGCUGAGGAUGGUUCCAGCUGGAAGAUGCUGGCCACGACAGCUCCACCGGCCUGCUGGAGAACCGCUGCUUAGGCCAGCGGGGCUGUUCUCCACGUGGGAAGAGGGUUUCUGACCUCAGGAGCCCAAGCAAGAAGCAAGCCGGAGGCCCAACCAGCUCUUCUGGCACUUCUCCCUCCCACGGAGGCUAUUGAGAGGGGGGGCGGGGGGCGUCCUUGUCCCCAGACUUGGCCGAGAAGCGGCCCCCAGGGGGCCCGGUGGCAGCUCAGCAGAGCUCCCUGAGAGGAAGGGGGGCCCUCUGGUUUGGCAGGGCCUUGGGCUGCAUGAGUUCAACCCUUGUCCCUUCUGCUCCUGACAAUAAAGCCCAGCCCAGCCUC